AUGAGAUAAAAUUCCCAUGAGAAUAAUCAGAUUAUCAAUCGCCAAGAUCUCAAUAAAAUCAGCAAGCAGUCGAGUAAAAUAGCAGUUUUGUCUACUCAUUUGAAUGCAGCUAGCUAGAACUACUCUGAGUCUUCAACUUUAAAGAAUACCAAUCGCCUUCUCACAGCUUCACCCGGUGCUAAAAUUUCCAAUCAUAAACGAAGGUAAAUGAUGCUUAAUUUCUUGCAUUAGCAACCCAACGAAAUCCCUCCUUAAGCUAUUAAUGUAGUAGCUAUGGCUGAUAGUGCAAAUGCUCUAAGACCUGCUCUUACUUUAAACUAGAUAAGGAACAAAUCAAACUAGAAGAAUUCAAGUGCUGAGCUUGCCCCUCUAAGGAUACCUUAAAAUUAAAUUGCAUUAAAUUCAAGGAAUGUGACAGAGUAUCAAACCCAGGGAGCUAGCUUAUCGACUGAAAAUUAAAAUAAUUUCAACAAUAAAACGAGCAUGAACAUGACCAGUCAUAACUUUAACAUGACUUAGUAAAUUUCAAUGCCCAAAUCCACUCACAACAUAAAAAGAUUAACUAAUAUAAAUCGUGCCAACGAUUAUAAUCAGUCAAUCUAUAAAGAUUAAAAUAAUAUAAAUGAGGAGCUGAAGAAGUCACCAAUGAAAAUGAAAUCAAGCAGAGCAUAUAAUCCCAAUAGCACCACUACAAUGAACAUUAGGUUGAAAGCUUAGAAUAUUACUAACUUUAGCCAAAUUAUGUCGGAUCAUGAGGGAUCAACAACCGCUGCAGACAAUCGAUCUUAUAUAGAUUCUCAUUACACUAGACAUGAUGUACAUACUGUUGGAUCCAAACAUAGUAGGAUAAAUAAUCGAAGUGCUAAUUUGUCAGCUGGAUACAGUCAAGGCAGUCCCAUGAAAUUUAUUAGUAAAGGAGGUGCAAGUAUUGAGGAAUAAAAUAAUGAGUAAACUAUUACAGACGAACUAUCAGUAAAUUCAAUCAAAGCUGGAAAGAAUGCUGCUCCAACCAGACAUAAUAGCUAAAUGGGUUAUUAGCAGAUCAAGCAAUAACUGUUUGACAAGUAUGCUGCUGACAAAUUAGCAUUAGAGAAAAGAAAAACUACAACCGCCAAAGAAUCAUCUGCAAUUCCAAAUAUCAAAGAUAAUCACUCAUAAAAAGUAAAAGACAUGAUGGAGGCCAAGAAAAUAACAUUAAUAGGAAGGGAGGAAACAAGUCUUUUGAACAAAUCAGUUGAGUUUAAGCAGAAUGAAUUUCCCUUGAUCUAGGAGGCCUAAAAUGAAUAAGUAUAGUCUCAAUAAACUGCAGACAUUAUCAAUCAAAAGUUAAAGGUCUUAAGAUAAAAGCAGCUAGCUGGGAAGACUUUAAAUGAAUCCUUAUGGAUUAAGCAAGAAUAUGAUGCUGCUCAUAAAAGCAUGAUGGACUACCGAAUGAAUCUACUGUCAACAUUGAUUCAGCGCAAAUUAGGACUCAAGAAGUAGAAUACCAAAACUGAGAAUAUCUUGAACACCUUUCUAUAUGACAUCCAAAAGGAUUACAAGUAGAAAAUGGCUGGAAGAGAAGAUGAACUAGAUGAUCUUAUGGAUUAAUUCUUGGAUGGCCCUAAUCAAUACAGUCAUAUUCAGUCUAAGAUUAACAACAGGUCUUUCCAUCAGACAUCCACUCACAAUAAUCAGAUGCUUGAGUUUUCAAGAGACGAGGAGAUAAACAGAAAGAUAAUGAAUAUUUACAAGGAUGAUCAUGACAUUUCUAGAAUAGAAGACAACUCUACCUUAGACAACACAUAGGCAGAUUUAAAUGCUCAUGGCUAAAAGGAGAUUGUGAACUUUCUAGAUCUAAUAUUUGAUCCUAAUAAAAAUCAAAUCGUCAAUGACAGACAGUUCGCAAAGGUGAAGAAAAUGCUGGAUGAUUAUUAUGGAUAUCAUCCUCAGCAGCUUAAGUAUGAAACAGUUCUCAAAAGAAUGAACGAAAAAAAGAAGAUGCAAAUGAAUUUCGAAGAGAGAAAGAAGAAGAAUGUAAAUGUGACUCAGUUGAUAACAGAGAACGAGGAAAAGACAAAGUUGACGUAGCUGGAAAAGUUUAUAAAGACUUAUAACUACUACAUACACAAACUCCUCUGGGUGAAUAGAGAUCCAUUUUUACAGAAAAAGAGGAAACUAUAUCAACAGCAGUGUGAAAGUCACAGACUGGACAAAUUUGCGAAUGUGUUUAACAGGCUAAAAUUUGAUACGAAUGAAAGGAAGAAAACUAAUGAAGAAAUUAAAUAGUAGCAUGCUCUAAAGUAUUAGGAUCCAUUUAAAUCAAUCGGAGAAAACUAUAGUCCAUUAAAGAGUAAGCAAGGUCAUAAUGAUAUCAAUUCCGCAUUUAGUGGAACUUAAAGACUAGAUUCUAGAUUUAGUUCAGCUCGGCAUUCAACAGGCUUUGGAGUAGUGGAAUAAUUAAAAGCAAGUGAAGGUUAUUUAGAUGAGUUUCCCUUUUAAAACAAGUUGACUUAUGCUACCUAGAAUUCGGGGCAAGAACCUCAGAUCUCAGUUACUAGAUUGUAAAGGAGAAAGCACCAAAGCACUGCAAAGAUGAAUGAAUUUGACAUUAAAAUAUUGAUUGCUUAGAAAAAGCUAAGUUAAAAUGCAGUGAAUGUGGUAUAACAAUAGAAUAAAACUGAAGCGAAAACUCCUAAAAAUCAUAAGAUUAAUGUCAAUCCUGGUCUAUUUGCAAGUUAAUGA